GAACAGAAGCUCCACCCUUUCAGCACACUGGAACAAUGAGGAGAGGCACAGAGCUUAAAUCAACUUGAAUAACAAGGACAAAGUCCUACUAUUGGACACCUUCACUCUUGCCGACUACAACUCCUCAACCCACUUCUUCUGGCUGUUUCCUGAACACACUCUGGUUCUGCAUUAACGCCUCUCAGAUCAAGGAAUCCAACCUGUCCAUCAUCACUGAGCGACAGAGCAGCACACAUUAAUCACAUUACAUCAGUUAAGAUGCCAUAUGGAGGAGGGGACAAGUGCGACUGCUGCACAAAGACGGUGUACUCCGCAGAGGAGGUGCGCAGUGAAGGGCGGAGAUUCCACAGGACAUGCUUCGUAUGCUCCGUGUGUCACAAAAGCUUGGACAGCACGACUGUUGCUUCUCAUAAUGAUGACCUCUUCUGCAAGUCGUGCUAUGGCAAACAGUUUGGGCCAAAAGGCUACGGUUAUGGCGUGGGAGCAGGGGUCCUCAGCAUGGACAAGGCAGAGUCUUAUGGUCAAACACAUGAAGAACCUCGUCCUCGCUCUACCAACAGCCCAAACCCAUCCCAGCAGGCUUCUCGGUAUGGAGGGUCAGAAAAGUGUGCUCGCUGCGGCAAGUCAGUCUAUGCCAAUGAGAAAGUGAUUGCAGCUGGGAGUUCGUGGCAUAAGAACGGCUGUUUCAGCUGCGCCUCGUGUGGGAAGGGCCUCGAGUCGACCACGUUAAAUGACAAGGACGGACAAAUCUACUGCAAAGGAUGCUAUGGAAAAGAAUUUGGUCCCAAGGGAUAUGGAUACGGAGGGGGCGCCGGGGCGCUGACCAACACUCAGUAGAGGCCGCUGGGAUCUCCCCCAGGCUGACUGGUUUCCAGAGAACUAUACUACUGUCUUCUUCCUGCAGGGGGAAUACUACCCCUAUGCUGCACUAUAAACCUACAGAAGAAAAUGUAACACCACUGGAUUCAAAUUUAAGGAUAAUGAUAACUUGUGAUUUUACAAUGACGCCACAUUUAAUACUGAGUUACAUAUCUAUUGACAAUUUAUUGCUGAUUUGUACUCUCUACUCUAAGUGAGUUUGAUCUUCUAAUUGGUGGACUGUUUUCCUUUCUGCAAAUUAAAUCUCUUGA